UAUACCUAAAGGUAAGGUUACAUGCACCUGGGUUCUGUUGCUGCAUCGCUGCAUACGCUGCGUGUAAUGCAUAUAUAUAUAUAUAUAUAUAUGUGUAAACGAGGGAAACCGCUCGAACCUCGAACACAUCUUAAGUCGCCCAACCUGCUGUGUACUUAGUGAAAUAUAUUCGCUGAGUAGGGGCUCGAAACUCAGGACGCACCGUUGCAACAGUACACGCAACCCUUUCGUGGAUCGUGAAUAUUAAUUGGCUUGGCACGGUAAUAGUUCACCUUAAUUUUUGUUAUCUGAAGUGAAUAAGGGCUCAUACAGGGUGACCCAAACUAUAAUGGCUUUGAAUGAAAGCGUGGCACAGUUUAUGAUAAAUAAAGAUGCUCGGAAAAGAUGCAGCCAAUGGGUUGACGACGUCAAGGUUGCCUCGCCUUUGAGCGAAAAUAACAAUGAACUUAAGCGUCGACUGCCAGAAAGUGAAUCCGACGACCACGUCGAGACAGAUUCAGAGUUUGAUUCUGUCUCAGAGUCUGGUGCAGGCAGCAAAAGAAGGCACGCUGUGGCUCUAAAAGCUGAGAAACUUCAUCUUGUUUGCGAGUGGAAGGAUUGCGAUUUUACCAUCGAGUCGCUUGAUGCUUUCCUUAAGCACGUUGCAAAUCAUGUUCCUGAGCUAGACAUAAGGAUCACGGCGGAAAUUGAAGUCUACGGCUGCCUGUGGUCAGGCUGUAAUUAUGAAAGUUCUGUUGACACCGACAUUAUGCGCCACGUCAACUAUCACUCAUUUCAUACAAAAUUGAAAUGCAUCGGGAAAAACGUCAGAGGAAGGAUAAAGCUCCCGAAAUGCAGGCGCGAUGCGAUUUGGAAAAAUAUUUUGGAGACAUUGCCCCCACAUGAGUGUCAAUGGAAUAAAUGUAAUCAAACAUUCAAUAACUAUCAGCUUUUUCUUUAUCAUAUGUUGGGUCACAUUGAAAAUAAUCCACGUGGUAACAAAGUUGACGGUGGGAUCAUGUGUCAGUGGACUGGAUGUAACAGCAAAUAUCCCAGUAUAUACAAACUCAGGGAACACGUUCGAGUUCAUACGAAAGAAAAAAUUCUCGCGUGUCCCGAUUGUGGCUGGGCUUUUGCCUCUAAUACAAAGUUUCACUAUCAUUGCAAAAGACAGAUUCCACUGGAAGUGCAAGGAUAUCAAUGUUCCCAUUGCAACAAGUUUUAUCCAACGGAAUGCAUUUUAAGAGAACAUUUGAGGAGUCACGUUUUUCAUUACAGAUGCGAUAAAUGCGGUAUGAGUUGCGACUCUCCGUCCAGUUUAUCAAGACAUAUUCUAUACAGGCAUUCCACAACUAGAGGGUUUCCUUGCAACCAAUGUUCCCACGCAGCCAAGUCACAAAAAGAUCUUGAUUCGCAUAUGAUGAUACACUUACCUGGACAAACUUUUGCGUGUGAAUUCGAUGGGUGCAAUUAUUCUUGCAAAAAUGCAUACACCUUGGAAAGGCACAUUGAAAAAGUCCAUCGAUUAGAAAUUCGUUGGUAUUGUUGUCACGAAUGUCCCGUAAAAUACAGAAAGAGUUACAGACUCACUAGGCAUCUGAUCGAAGCUCAUCACUUGCAGUGGCUGAAUGGUCACAAAAGAUUUCAAUACAUAUUACAAGAAGAUGGCUGUUAUAGACUUCAAGCAGUGAGAUAUGAAAGUGUGGAUGACGAUCCACCUAUUUCUCGAAAGGAUAUGAAGAACGAAAGCAUCGAAGAGCCUGAACAAAAACAGGUAGAGCCCGUAGUUCCGUGUAUACUAAUAUCAAUUGAUGAGAUAGACGAGAAAGGAAACAUUAUUAGCAGUAAAAUCAUCGAAACCCAAGAGACGAAGGUAUUACCUUUAUCUGCUGGAGCUCCGUUAGUUAUAACUUUUUGACAUUCACUCCAUUAAAUAACUAGAGCUAGGAAUUCAAAACCAGCUAUUACGUGAAAAAACACAAAUGAUAAAAAGACAAUGUAAAACUUUAUUACUAUCUUGGACUUUUAAGAGUAAGGACGUGUAAAAAAAUACAGCUUUCGUAAUAAAUAACGUUAUUACAA